AUGGCAUCAUCGUCAACGAUUCAACUAUUAUUGACUAUUGCUCAACAAUACACUAUUUAUACUACUGUAAUCAUUUUUCUUAUGGGAUUUGUUGGUAAUUUAUUAAAUAUUCUUAUUUUUACUAAACUUAAAAUUUUUCAAAAUAAUCAAUGUAUAUUUUAUUUAAUGGUUGAAUCUAUUGUUGAUGUCAAUGCUGUGAUAUAUAAUUUCACUCUUCGACUUUUAACAUUGAUAUAUGGAUCUGAUUUAUCUCAAUAUUCGACACCAUGGUGCAAAUUUCGAACAAUGAUGGGACAGACAUAUCUGUUAAUUUCACUUUCUACAAUAUGUUUUGCUGCAAUCGAUCAAUUCCUUUCAACAAGUCAUUUGAUUCAUUUAAGACAAUUAAGUACAUUGAAUUUAGCUCGAUGUUUAGUGUUUGCAUCUGUAUGCUUUUCACUUGUUCAUUCUAUUGGAUUUGGAGUUUUUUAUACUGCAAAACCAUCAGUUGAUUGUGUACUUUCUAAUCCAGCAUUAGUCCAAUAUUAUUCAUAUUUUUUUUAUCCAAUGCUAUGUGGUCUUUUACCAAUAUUAAUUUCUGGUUCCAUUAGUCUUUUAGCCUAUCGUAAUGUUCGUCGCAUUGUCCGACGACAAUUACCUAUUAUUCGACGACGUCUUGAUCGUCAAUUGACAAAAUUUGUUCUUGUACGUGUUGUGUUUCUGAUUAUUUUCCUUGGACCUGUAGUCAUAUAUCGUAUUUAUGUAAUUAAUGCUAUUACUCAGCCACCAAGUCCACUUCGGACAGCGAUUGAAAGAUUAGUUCAAGCAUUUAUAGGUUCAAUGUUCAGUCUUCAUUUUGCAGGAAAUUGUUGUAUUUUUUUGGCUUCAUCAUCACGAUACCGUCGACAAGUAAAAUAUGUUUUAGUAAAAGAAUAUUGGAAUUCAUGGAAACGAAAAUUUCAUUUUAAUCAUGGUCAAAUUGAACCUGUUGCCGCACCAACAAUUUCUAGUAAUGAACUUGAAUAA